GAAGCACGGUGCUCGGAAGUGUCAGACUGCUGUAUCGGACGACAAAACCAGACACGGAACGUCCGAAGCCAAACUGGUAGGUGUUCUGUGUAGGUAUUGUGUGGCCAAACCAAACGAACGCGGACUCUCCGGCAUCUGCAACUCUUGAGAUUUUGUACUGAGGGUCAAGCGCACCUGCAACGCAUCGAUACGAGCACGGUUUUGGGUUUUUUUGUCUGCCUCGGUGAGUGUGGACCGGUUUAAUUAAGUAUGUCCAAAAGAAAUAGUGUCACUUGUGUGAAGCCAUCAGAUCCUCCGUUCUUGAAGAAGCUUAAGGAGCGCGUCGGCUACAAAGAAGGUCCUUCAAUCGAUACGAAGAGGGAACGCCGUCCUGUGGAUGAUGUAGAUCCUGACCUCGAUGACGAAAAGCCUGUCGUCGUCGUACUCGAGGCGGGCGAUUUGACUGCCGAGGAGGCUGAAAUGGUCAUUCAAAGCCAAGUUUCAGAUGAUGAACCUUCUGAUGGCAAGAUAAUGUUUAAAAAGCCAACAAAAAGGAAAGAUUCCACCUCUCCAACAGACCGGCAAGCCAAGAGACUCAAGGAGGUUGACAAGAGCCGCCGCCAGCAAGCAAAUUCAGUCAGAGACAGCCGCCUUCUGUCUUUUGGUGACGAUGACGACGUGUGCUAAUGAUGCACACAGAUAUACGCUGGCACUCCUUGCAUUCGGCCAGCAUUUUUGGUUUACUAAUCAGUGUAAUCAUGAAGGUUUGUCAUAGACACAAAGGACUUUAGCUGCUGCCUGCUGUUUAUGGGACGUGUGUGUUGAAUGUGCGUCGUGAAUGUGCAGGGCACCGCUCUGUCAUCCCUUGACACAAUUGAAGGGAGGACAUGCACACGUGGUUUCAGUCACUUAAGGCCUUUCAAUGGUUGCAACAUUUGUUGUACCCAACGUCUACAGAUACGAUGCACCAAUGCAGGGGUGAGUACAGCUAUAUUUUCCGACAAGGUGGUCAGCAAGCAUGACAUAAUGAUGACAGUAGAAUCUUUCAAUGCCAUCUGCAAUGAAAUUUUUAACUAUUAAAUGCCCAGUUUAAGAUGGUGUACCACCCCUAGAUGGACAUUCCUGCCUGCAGUGCUAUGAAAAGCUUUCAAAAAUGGGCAUUUUCAGUACAGAAUAAUUAAAGUAUGCUGCCAUUACUACCUGCCAUAAGCAAUGUACAAGUUGAAAUGCACAGCUUGGCCUGGCCUUCAAGACUAAGCAGCUCUUAUGGCAGCCAUGGCAUGCUAAAAAGCCCUGCUGAUACUUGUGGCAGAGUGAUGCAAACUAGGUACACAAGUCUGCUUACAAGCAAACAACCAUUACAAGCCCCAUAACUUUGCCAGGACUGCUUCAGCAGUGUACAUAUACUUCUCUCUUUUUAAAGGAGUACUGACACAAAAUUUUAAAGGCAAGAUAACUUGUAAGAUAGAUUUGAAUAAACGUGUGCAUCACCUACAAAAUAUCAAUGAAUAAUGUAGCCUAGAACGUAUUUAAAAUAAAUUCUAAAGCGUCUUGCACCGCUGCACGUGAAACGCGCGCUUGGUUUUCAUGUACAACCUACCGCCCCCUGCAUCACGAGUUUUUGUUUGUUGUAAUGAUCAUUGACAAUGCUCUUUCUUAUGGAAAGAGGGGGCAGACCGUGUCAAUGUAUCGCUCCUUUGCACGGGAGUACAAAGGCUGAUGUCUUUUUCUCAGCAGUGCAAUCUGGGUGGGGGGUCCAUUUACAGCGCCUGUGAGUGUAUUAUAGGACCGCACACAAAGCCUUCGUGGAGAAUAGUCAAAGGGGUGGCUAUGUGCACAUGGUUUUAUGUGCCCGCAUAGCCACCUAUGCUUACACGAAAACCACUCUUAGAAUUACAGUACUCAGUCACCGUUUCAAAGAGCGCAAAGUGAAGCGGAACUCUAACAGUGGUUUUCGUGUAAGCAUAAGUGGCUAUGUGGGCACGGGAAGCCACGUGCACGUGGUUUGAUGUACCCACAUAGCCACCUAUACGCACGUUAGGGUUCCGCUUCUUUCUGCGCUCUCUGAAACUGUGACCGAGUGCUGUAAAACCGUCUCCAAGUAAUCAACUGGCGUGUGCUUGAGCAAAUGAGCUUUACAGUCGUGAUAAGUGGGUCAUUCAUGUUACCUUCUGUUGCAUUUUGGUCUUUAAUUUUACAAAAAUGCACACGUAAUUGCAACAACCUGCAUAUAGUGUUCUAAAUCAGGAAAAGAAUGCUGUUUAUAUUUCCCUUUGGAUGCAAACGGAUCGUGUGUACAUCCAGAACCAAGUCAAUUAUUGUGAACGUCCAGUGAUGCAGCUGUGCACUAUCAUAUAACAAUCAAAAAUAGCUCUCAUUUAUCACUAUUGGUGUUUCAGCGUGAUGCUGCGUAUUGUGGUGUUACCAGUUACAUUAAUUGCAAGUUUCAUUAAUUACAGGUUGUUUUAUUUAUUGCAGAGAUGAAAUGUGCCUUUGGACUCCUGUGCCAUGCUGUACAGUAAAGAGAAACCUUAAGCAAGCUUCUGGCUGGCUAUUCAGUAGUUUUUUUUUUCUCAUUAAAAUCAAAAAUUCUUAUUGGAAUUUUCUGCACACCUACCGACAAUAAUACUACUCAAUAAUGUAUCUGCCAUAUUUAUACUUCACCUUCUAGUCUGUGAAAGUAAACUCCACAGUAAGUUUAAAUAC